AUGUCUGUUCGCUUCUCCUCCGCUUCCAGACGGCUGGGCUCCGUGAGGCUCUCCAGUGCAGGAACAGCCUUGGGGGCUGGAAAUGCAUGCGGUGUGCCAGGCAUCGGAAGUGGCUUCUCCUGCGCCUUUGGGGGCAGUACAUCGGCAGGAGGGCUCGGUCUGGGCAGCGCUUCUUGCGGGGCCUUUACUACGAAUGAGCACGGCCUCCUGUCAGGCAAUGAGAAGGUGACCAUGCAGAACCUCAAUGACCGCCUGGCCUCCUACCUGGAGAACGUUCAAGCCCUGGAGGAGGCCAACGCUGACCUGGAGCAGAAGAUCAAGGACUGGUAUGAAAAAUUUGGACCCGGGUCGUGCCGUGGUCUCGAUAAUGACUACAGUAUAUACUUCCCGAUCAUCGAUGACCUCAGGUCCCAGAUAAUCUCUGCAACUGCAAAUAACGCCAACAUCGUCCUGCAAAAUGACAACGCAAGACUGACGGCUGAUGACUUCAAAAUGAAGUACGAAAAUGAACUGGCGCUUCAUCAGAGCGUCGAGGCAGACAUCAACGGCUUGCGAAGGGUCCUGGACGAGCUGACCUUGUGCAGAACUGACCUCGAGGUCCAGCUGGAAACACUCACUGAGGAGCUGGCAUACCUCAAGAAGAACCAUGCGGAGGAAAUGCAGGCUCUGCAGUGCGCCGCUGGAGGCAAUGUGAACGUGGAGAUGAACGCAGCCCCUGGCGUGGACCUCACA